GAAAAAUCUCCGCUGACACAACAUGGCCCGACUAACAGUCUUGGCUGGACUGUCUCUUUUGAUGUGUCUCCAGAUGGUGUCUUCUACCAAACUGGUGUGCUACUUCACCAACUGGUCCCAGUAUAGACAAGGUGCUGGCAAAUAUCUGCCUGCCAAUGUAGAUCCCAACCUCUGCACACACCUGAUCUACGCCUUUUCAAUAAUCAACCAUUCUAAUGAGCUGGCUCCUUAUGAGUGGAAUGACGACGUUCUCUACAAAUCCUUCAAUGAGCUGAAGAAUAGAAACGCCCAGCUGAAGACUCUGCUGGCUGUUGGUGGGUGGAACUUUGGAACUUCACAAUUUACCAUCAUGGUUUCAUCCCCUGUCAACCGCCAGAGAUUCAUCCAGUCUUCUAUCAGUUUCUUGAGACUGCAUGGCUUUGACGGGCUGGACCUGGACUGGGAAUAUCCUGGAGCACGAGGGAGCCCACCAGAGGACAAGAAGAGAUUCACAGUGCUCUGCCAGGAAUUACUUGCCGCCUUUGAAAAAGAAGCCACUGUGACGAAAAAACCACGAUUGCUGCUCACAGCUGCAGUGGCUGCUGGGAAGGGAAACAUCGACAAUGGAUAUGAGAUUGCUGAUGUCUCAAAGUUCCUAGACUUCAUAAAUGUCAUGACCUAUGACUUCCACGGAGCAUGGGACCCGUUUACUGGCCACAACAGCCCUCUGUACCGCAGCUCUCACGAUCAGGGCAACAACAUCUACAACAAUGUGAACUUUGCUAUAAAAUACUGGAGAGACCAAGGAGCUCCUCUUGAAAAGCUCAUAGUUGGUUUUUCUACAUAUGGACGCACAUUUCAAACAUCAUCAGCAGUUAACGGUGUUGGAGCAUCAACAAGCGGACCAGCCUCUGCUGGGCCCUACACCCGUGAAGCUGGGUUUUGGUCUUACUACGAGGUUUGCACUUUCCUCCAAGGAGGUAGUCUUCACUGGCUUGAUGAGCAAAUGGUGCCCUAUGCUACUAAAGGAAAUGAGUGGGUUGGGUUUGAUAACAGGCAGAGUUUUGAAAUCAAGGCACAGUAUGUGAAAGAUAACAAAUUUGGAGGAGCCUUUGUCUGGGCGCUAGAUCUGGAUGAUUUUACUGGACAGUUCUGUGGCCAGGGAAAAUAUCCCCUCAUUAGUUUUCUGCGCUCUCUUCUGGAUUCAGAUUUUCCACUUCCACCUCCUGUAACCACACACUCACCAGUGAGCACCACAAAGCAGACUCCUGCUGCCACUUCUCUUACAACUACCACCACAGUUGUUGAUUCUGGAAGUGAUUUCUGUGCUGGGAAGGCUGAUGGCCUCUACAUAAAUGCCGAGAACCGCAACUCCUUUUAUCAGUGUACCCAAGGAGACGCACACCUCCAGCGCUGUCCAGUUAAUCUUGUUUUCAGUGUGAGAUGCAACUGCUGCGACUGGCCUUAA